AUGACACUCAAGGGUGCUAACACUACCCAAGCUUGUGCCGCAUGCAAGUAUCAGCGUAAGCGGUGCACUCCCGAUUGUGCAUUUGCACCACACUUCCGCCCUGAACACCCCUUACUUUUCAAAAAUGCACACAAGCUCUUUGGAGUAAGGAACAUCUUAAGAAUACUCGAAAAAAUAAACCCAUGCCAUAAAACCGAGGCCAUGCAGUCCAUAAUAUUUGAGGCUAACAUGCGUGACCAGUUCCCAGUUCAUGGUUGCGUCACUGUAAUCUAUGAUCUUAAAAGCCAAAUAACGCAAGCUGAGGAGGAGCUGCGUAACGUCCUCACUCAGCUUGCUUUUUAUAAACAACACCAUGAGCGGCAACAUUUAACCUCUAUGUCACAUGUAGUGUCUCGUGGUUCACUACAACUUGGCAAGGCUGCAGUGCAACCUGAAAACACACUACCCACCCCGCGACACCAGGGCUCUACUACAUUGCCGAUAUCAUCCUACAACAAAACUGAUGUAUGCGUUAAUGCCUUUUGGCUUCAAGCAUCGGCUAUUCAACACGAACACAGUGAAAUUUAUUCCUUCUUUGAGAAUAUCCAAGAAUGA